AUGACUACCACUACUACCACCACUACCACGACCGCCACCACCACAAUCAGUACCCUCUGUCAAGAGACGACUCUCGAUGACCUACAGAAUGCAUUGUCGCAAACUCAUCAGGAUGUUUUGAUUAGGAAUCAGGCGUUGCUGGUUUCUGUCGCGGAAUCGGUGAAGGAAUACAUGUCGCAAUAUGACUUAUCGCACGACUUUCAACACAUCCUCCGUGUUUUGACGCUUUCGCGACGGAUUCUGGAUGCUGAGUGUUCUAACACCGAAAAUGGAGCAAUCGAAUACGAUCCAUUAGUUGUCUUUUUAAGCGCCCUCCUCCACGACAUCGGCGACCACAAGUACGUCAAAGCAGGCGAAAGCGCCACAGUCCAAAUAGCCUCCAUCCUCUCAAGCGCCGGUGCAUCACCGCAACUAUCUACCAAAGUCCAAAUAAUCGCCAGCAACAUCUCCUACACCACAGAAAUGAAAGACCGCGCGCGAUUACAGCGGAUUCUAAACCAACAUCGGGAAUUAGGUGUCGUGCAGGAUGCGGAUCGGUUAGAUGCGAUAGGAGCCACGGGGAUCGGGCGCGCUUUUGCGUUUGGGGGUGCGAAGAAGCCAGAUAAUGGGCUAGAGAGCCAGAGAGAGCAUAUUAGUGGGAAGUUGGAGGGGUUGGUGGAUUUUAUGAAGACGAGGACAGGGAGACGGAUGGGUGUUGAGCGGACGAAGAGGUUGAGGAUAUUCCAAGAAUGGUGGGAUGAGGAGAUGAAGUUUGAGUCUUGA